AUGGCAUGGAUUCCCCGAAUUAGAAAUGUUACAUGGCAAGAAAAUACAGAUUUAAAGAAGAGUCUAGUUACGUAUGUGGAGCAAAACUUAAAAUUGUGUGAAAUACUUGACUUCAUUGAAAGUGAAUAUCCUGACUAUGAAUGGAGUCAUCGUACGUUACAGAGAAGAAUGGCAUAUUUUAAUGUUAGGUAUGUGGACAGUAAUCUAGAUCUAGAACAUAUAGAAACAGCUGUUAAACAGGAAAUGUCUGGUCCAGGAAAACUUUUAGGUUAUCGUGCAAUGCACAAGAAGAUUCGUCUCAAUGCUCCACUGAACAUUGUAUACGAUAUGAUGGAAUAUAUUGAUCCUGAAGGUUUGAAAGUAAGAGGUGGUGUAGGGAAACCAAAGCGCCCACCUCGAAAUAAAUGGUUUAUUUCUGAGACUUACACAAGGUGA